AAGUUAUGCGAGUAAGCUAAAGUAGUAAACUUUCGAGGACAGAGAAGAUGGUUGGUUCACGCUUAGCACCUAUUUUGGUGUUGACUGUAUUAAUAUGGAACAUAGAUGCAGAGCGCUUGAAAAGCCGUGCCCAUGGAAAUAUGGGACGUAUGAAAUUAGCAGAUUUCAAAAAUCUGCGCCGUGUUGCGAGAGAAAAAGGACAUAGCCGUAAAAACUUUUUGGGAAAAUAUAGUGCCAUGAUGAUCGACCAGGAGGAUGUGUUACAGAAGAAGCACAUGAAAUUUACACGUGUAAAAAUGACGGAAUGUAGUGUUGAAUGUCGCGGUCACAAGGUGUGUGUCAAACAUACAGCCACCAACAACACCAAGUGUGUCCCCAAGAAAUUUCUCAAGGAAAGUCAUCGCUUAUCCAAGUUCAAUAAACACCUAAAAAAGGCCAAGAAACACCACAAUCGUCUGAUGAAGGAGCGAUCUGGCCAUUACCAAAAGUUCAACCCUCUGGAGAGCAGGGUUAAUGAGCUGGAUGAGCGUCCUCAGAACAUCAGACACAAGCACAUUAUGGCCAUGAAGAAAGCCAAGAAAAACAAAAGUGACUUCAUUUCACAGCACAGACUGAUUGAGAACAUGGAUGCUGUUGAUGAAUUGAUGCAUUUGGGUGAAGGGAGCCAGUCAGAAAUCAGCCGAAAAUAUCCAGAAUGUUCCAAAAAGGUUGAGGGUAUCCGACAACGAUUGAAUGGUUGGUUUGUGAUGCUGCACACACAGAAGAAAGAACACAGGGGCAAAAAACACAUGAAAUUCCAUUCACAACUGAGAAAACCCAAGCACUAUGGAGAUUUUAGAACAUUCGGACAGUGCAAGUGUUCAGCGUCUGUGAUGUGGGAACGACGUAACCUGGACAUUGAUGAAAACAGAUUCCUUAAUGUUACUGAGUUGGCUAUCAUAGAGGACAUUCGCCAGGAGAAGUGUAUUACACCCCUACUGGAGUCAUGUGACACAGACAAGGACAAACUGUUGUCUAAGAAGGAAUGGUGCUGCUGUUUUACAGACACCGAGGCUCCCUGCUUCAAGCAUUUAGAGAGGGUCAAGCAAAGAGCAGACAGUCAAGGCUACAGACCAGCAUGCACCUCUGAAGGAUUCUAUGAGAAGACCCAGUGUGACCCUACUGGGAUGUACUGCUGGUGCUCUGACCUUGAUGGCAACCACAUUGCCAACACAAAGAUCCAGGGCAAUCCUCAUUGUGAGCGAUUUGAUUCUGCUGGACGACCUGUAGAGCUAUAGAAGUGGAAAACAUUGAAAAGGGCGUCUCGUUUACAACCCCACCGGCUAAUUAAAAAGGAAUGAAAAACAAAAAACGAAGCAAAAAAAAAUCCUCUUCUACAAAUAUUUGAGGAGUGUUUUUGAUAGAACUGUGAUUUCAUUUUAGAUAUUAUGCCAUAUUUUUAAUGGUGCAUGCGCGUUUACUUGAGAAAUAUCAACAUUUUAUAAGUUUAUUAGCUAUUCUAAUUAUUCUAGCUAGAAUAUAUAUUCUGGUGAUGUCAUAUUUUUAAGAGAUUAAAAUUGAGUCUUCCAUUUUAAUUUUUUAUUGUACAGUGAUAUGAAUCACACAAUUUAAAGAUUUUAAUUGGCGUGAAUAGUCGAUCAAAGUUUAACAUUUAUGUGGUUUCGAGGUAGAUCAAGGGAGACAAUUUUUUGUUUUUUUAUAACAAAAUACUAUAAUGUAAUCUGUAUGUGAACAUUGGAUAACCUCCAUUGUAUGUACAAAUGAUUUACACAUAUCAACACCAUCAGUCAAUCAUAGAAGUCAAGAUAGUGUUUAUUGACACUGAACAUAUUGUCAUUAUCUCAACAAAUAACAUUCCAACUUAACCAUUUUCUAUGAUGUAUUAAGAUAUAGGCAGUAAUUUAAAAAGUCUUGUUUAUAUAACAUUAAGUAAAUAUAUUAAACGAUUGAUAUCUUAUGUAUUGUAUUAGUAUUUUUUUAUUGUUAUACACAGCUGAUAACGAUUUUCCAGGUUUAUCUAUGUUCUUUAUAUACUUCGUUGUGAAAUUAAAAUUGGAAUCUCUAUGAUUAGUAAAAAGACAAAGAGAUAAUUUCAGAAUUGUGAUUAAUUUUUCAACAUAAAACAUGAAAUUCUACUGUAUGGGUAAAAAGGCUGUUUAUAGGUUUGUUUGAAUAUAUUUUUUACUUGUAUAUCAAAUUGAUUUGUAAUAAAAGUCCUGCAGUGGAAUUGUUUAAUUUUG